AUGGCCACCUUUUCCUCUCGCAGUGGUUUUGUUUUAGGUGGAAGCUUCGCUGGAGGAGCAGGGGGCGCCGCACGCAUGUCCAUCUCUGGAGGAGGAGGAAGACGCGUGGCUUCUAUGCGGGCUGGAAGUGUGUACGGUGGUGCAGGAGGCUCUGACAUUCGUAUCUCCCAUGCAAGCCACUCAGCUGGCAUGGGUGGAGGCUUUGGCUUUGGUUCCGGUGCAGGUGCAGGUUUCGGCGGUGCUGCGGGUGGAGGGUUUGGGGGCAGUGCUAGUGCAGCCGGUGCAGCCGACAGCAGCAUCCUCGGCAAUGAGAAGUUCACCAUGCAGAACCUCAACGAUCGUCUGGCCUCCUACCUGGAGAAGGUGCGCUCACUGGAGAAGGCCAAUGCUGAGCUGGAACUGAAGAUCCGCCAGUUCCUAGAUAGCAGGACUACACCUGAUGCACGCGACCGGUCUGCAUACUUCAUCACUAUCAGUGAUCUCCAAGCUAAAAUCCUGGAAGCCAUCCAGUUGAAAGCGUCUGUCUACCUCAACAUUGACAAUGCUAGCUUGGCAGCAGAUGACUUCAAACUGAAGUAUGAGAACGAGCUGACUAUGCGUCAGUCUGUAGAGGCUGAUAUCGCCGGGCUGAAGAGGGUGCUGGAUGAGCUCAGCAUGACCAAAGCAGACCUCACAAUGCAGAUCGACAGCCUAAAUGAAGAGCUGGUCUUCCUCAAGAAGAAUCAUGAGGAGGAACUGGUGUCUGCCCGCACCCAAAUGGGUGGGCAAGUUCAUGUGGAGGUUGAUGCAGCACCACAGGAAGACUUGACCAAGGUUUUGGAAGAAGUCCGUGAACACUAUGAAGCAGUUGCUGCCAAGAGCCAGAAAGAGUUGGAGGGCUGGUUCCACACCAAGACAGAGUCCCUGAAACAAGAGGUAGCUACCACUACAGAGACCCUGCAGACGUCCAAAACCGAGGUGAACACUGUGAAGAGCUCUCUGCAGGCUCUGGAGGUUGAGCUUCAGUCUCUUUUAGCCAUGAAAGCAUCCCUGGAGGGGACCUUGGCUGACACUCAGGCCCGUUAUUCCAGGCAGCUCUCGGGCUAUCAAAUGCAGGCAAGCAGUAUAGAGGAUCAACUGGUGCAGCUCCGAGCUAAUCUGGAACAACAGAGUCAGCAGUACCAGAUACUCCUGGACAUCAAGACCAGAUUGGAGUUGGAGAUUGCUGAAUACAGGAGACUUUUGGAUGCAGAGGCUAGUGGCAGUGCCUCAAUCUCCUCUACUUUGAGCUCGACUACCAAAGCUACAAUUAUCACUAAGGUGGAGGAAGUGGUUGAUGGAAAAGUGGUCAUCUCAUCUUCUACAUCAUGAGUUACUCAGCAGCGAUGCCCAUCCAAUCCACACUUUGGAUGAUGAAAGAUUGAACAGAACUCAU